UGCCCGCGCCCGCGGGCGGCUCCGCGCGGCGGAUGCGUGUGCAUGAGCGCUGCACCGAGCGGGCGCAGGAAGCGCCCCCGCUCCGCCGCCUCCAUCUUCCAGGGCAGCAGGACCUCGCCGCACGGCCGCGACAGCGAACGCCGGGGCAGCGGCUCCGAUAGCGCCUACCAGAUCCAGAGAACCCUGGACGACUGUAAGAUGCUUGUCCAGGAGUUCAAUACCCAGGUGGCUCUCUAUCGGGAGCUGGUCAUUUCUAUUGGGGAUGUCUCAGUCACCUGUCCUUCUCUGCAUGCAGAAUUGCACAAAACUCGAACCCGAGGAUGUGAGAUGGCCUAUCAGGCUCAUCAAAAACUAGCAGCAAUUUCUGGCCCAGAAGAUGGUGAAAUCCAUCCUGAAAUCUGUAGACUGUAUAUCCAGUUGCAAUGUUGCUUAGAAAUGUACACAACAGAAAUGCUAAAGUCCAUAUGUCUGCUAGGAUCACUGCAGUUUCAUCGGAAAGGGAAAGAACCUUGUGGCCCACCCAAGAUCUUAGAUUCUAAAGUGGAGGAGAGUUCUGAAGUACCUAUUUUAGAAGACACAUCAUUAUCACCAACAGAUAUUCAACAGCAUCUAUGGCAGGUUUCCACAGAUAUUGAAAACACUGAAAGAGAUAUGAGAGAAAUGAAAAACCUUUUAAGUAAACUCAGGGAGACUAUGCCUUUACCACUGAAAAAUCAAGAUGAUAGCAGCCUCCUAAACUUGACUCCCUAUCCACUGGUAAGAAGACGGAAGCGAAGAUUCUUUGGAUUGUGUUGUCUUGUCUCAAGUUAAAAGAUUAGGCACAGAAGCACCAAGGAAAUCAUCACUUUGAUUAAACCACUAUUAUUUGACCACUGAAAAGAUGAAAGUGGCUAAUCUUGAUUAUAAAAUAUAUUUUCUACACUAGGCUAUUCAUUUCUGUCUUCUGUUCCAUCCCCCUUUUCAAAUAAGGGUUUUAAUACUUUCAAAUUAUGGUGGUCAAAAAAUGGCUGUGGAAUAAUCUAGCAUAUUUAAAACUUUUUAAAGUAUGUUUUGCAUGCUUACUUUCAAUCACUCAAAGAAGACACAUGAAUUAAGAUUCAUUUAUAAUUUUAGAGGGUUUUUUUAAUUGUUUGAGCUGCAGCUAAAAGUUUGUGUGUAGUACAGUACUCUUACUAGUAUCAUAUUAACUCUACCAGUCUUUAAGCAUAGGAGAAAAACAUCUGAUCAUUCUCUCACAGUCUUUAAGCAUAGGAAACUAUUUAAGAGCAAAACUAUUAAAGUUCUAAGACAUUCAAACAAUAUUGUAACAGAAUUUGUUACAAUUUGUUUAUUGUCUCCAGUUGCUUUUUGUGCUCUCAUUCAUAUUUAGUCUUCCACUGUAUCUCAACUUCAAAGCUUUAUAGAAAAAUAUCUUAAUUUAUGAUAAAAAACCAUAUAUGAAAAUAGGUAGGACUUGUAAAUACAGAGAAAUCAUAAUAUCUAUAAACUGUACAAUGUUUAGAAGCAACAAAUUUCCUUUUCAGGCAAUAGUAUAUCUACAAGCUUUUGGAAAAAAGAUAUAAUUUAUUAAAAGAAGGUGUAUUAAAAUAAACAAUGUAAACCAUGACGCCAACCCAUUUUGUUGCCAGUAGAAUUCAAAGCAUGGUAUCUGCAUAUCAAGUAUUGAUCUUAUAAGGCAUGCCAAAAUUAUCUCAGACUGUAAGAUACUAAACGUUUUACAUUGUUAAUAAAGUUUUUUAUUUAAAUUAAA